AUGGACAGAAGCAAGUAUACGCUACAGAAAAACAUCGCUAUUUCGGACUCGGAGUGGCGGUACGACAUCGCCGACUUGCCAGGAUCAGAGAGAUGUCGUCAGGCUGGACGCGUCAAAGCAAUCCAACUGUUCUGUACACCCUCGGUGCAGGGCAUAUACCUGCAUUGGACUCCCAUCUCUUUGAAUCGGGCCACUCGAGAACACCGCCUGGAAGAUCUUGUGCAGAUCAGCGUGUCGGACUUUGGACCGGUCUAUGACACCCAAAAUGUAUCUUUACCAACAGACCACAAACAGGCUGUGGACUAUGUUUGUCGUUUUCUCUCCUCUGGCGUUGUGAUUAACGAUGUGCGGUAUUCAUUCUAUGGACACAGCAACAGUCAACUGAAGUCUCGAUCCUGCUACCUCCUAGCCGGCUCAAAGCAGGAAGUAGCCAAAAAGGUUGAGGCUAUGGGAGACUUCAGCAAAAUCAAGACGGUUGCAAAAAAGGCAAAGCGGAUCGGCCUCUUAUUCUCGACUGCUGACAUUGUACAAGAUGUCCCAAACACCAGAUGUCGAGAUAUAGAAGACAUUGAAAGAAAUGGAUUCAUUUUCACUGAUGGAUGUGGCCUCAUUUCAGAAGAUUUUGUUUGUCUGCUGGCUACCAAGAAGCCCAUAAUAUUUCGGAAUCGGCAGUAUUAUCCCUCAGUGCUCCAGAUUCGAUAUCAAGGCUAUAAAGGGGUGGUAUGCAGUGAGCCUCGGAUGGAGAAGGGUCUCUGGCUCAAAUUGCGGAAGUCGAUGAAGAAGUUCAGCGGAACAGAUGACAUGAGCUUCGCCGUCGUAGCAUACUCAAAGCCCUACACAUACGGAUAUCUAAAUGAUGAAAUUAUGCUCCUGCUCAACUCCCUUGGCAUUGACGCGGCCGUCUUCACCAAGAAACAGAAGGAAUAUUUCGGGUUUCUCGACCAGUCAAGAACAGACCCCGUAUGUGCCUUUCGCCUGUUGAGCUCUCUGGGCAUGGCCGCCGAGGCUGAGAAGCUCCUGAUCGAGGGUAUGGAAAAGGUCGAACGGACGAUUCGGAAGACGGUUGUCCAAGAAUACGGUAGGAUGCUAAACAAACACCAAGAACAAAAAACCCGAAUUCUAAUACCCCGGUCUCGACUAUUGUUCGGGGUAUGCGAUCCUUAUGGUUUGCUCAAAGCAGACGAGUGUUUCCUGCGUGUGACACUGGAGGAACUUGGAGCCCCUCUGACCAUCACAGGAUUUGAUGUCCUGGUGUCGAGAAAUCCCUGUCUGCAUCCCGGGGACCUCCGCAAGCUCAAAGCCGUCAAUCGGCCGGAACUCAGCCACCUCACAGAUUGUGUGGUCUUCUCCACGAAUGGAAAGCGGCCGACAGCCGACCUCAUGUCUGGCGGCGACUUGGAUGGCGACACAUUCUUUGUAUGCUGGGACUCUGACCUGAUUCCCCAGGCUAUCUCAGAGCCAGCUGACUACCCAGGAGUGAAGGAAGCAAUUAGAUUCUCUCCUAUCACCGUGGAUGAUCUGAUCGUAUAUUUUGCUGGCUACAACAACAUGUCCCUUGGACGUGUCAAGAAGGUGUACCUCGGAUGGGCGCGAGCUCAGGGACCUCGCUGCAGCCAGUGUCAGGAGCUCAAUCGACUAUUCUCGCAGUGCGUCGAUGGCAACCGUAUCAAGAUACCUGACCCGCUCCUCGACCCCCCUGACGCUUCACUCAACACAAGGCCAUUCAUCCUAGACAUCCUGCAUGAGGCCGCGAAGGAACAUUGCAGCUCAGUACAGAAAAUAGAUACGCCACUCAGCAUCGCAGAACGGCAGACAUUAGGGCAUAAUGUUGACACCAUGGGCACUGCAGAUCGGGACACUCUGGAGUUCAUCCUUAGCAACCCGACUCCUUUUUCGGAUUUCGAAUUGGCUAAGGUGACCUUGAGCUGGUGCCGGAGAAACAAGGUUCCUUUUGAGGAGUUUUGGGCCUAUUUCGACGCCUCUCAACUCACUCCCGACGAGCAGGCGUGGAUGUUGACCGAACUGCCUCCUUCACCCAAGUAUCCGGCGCACUUCAAGAAUGGACUCCUCCAGUCAAACGUUCUCUCGCGUGAAGACUUGCAAGCCUUUGGGCUAGACCGGCAUUCUCUACAUUGGAAAUGCGUCUUCGAUUCUCGGUCCGAUCCACUGCGAAGGCUCAUGGCGACGGUCAACCAGACAUUCCCGCAGUUCGCGAAGAAGCUCCUUAUCCUCCGCUUGGGCGAACGACUGAGCAUCGCAGUCUACUUUCCACGGCCGAUCGAGAAUGAAGAUGACGCCAUCGUCCACGAGACCGUGAGACUGUUUGCGUUCCCGCAUUCCCACAAGGACAGAGCCGCACAUCGACGAGGCGUUCCGACCAAAAAGAAUUACAGAUUCUACUACGACGAAAACACGAUGCAACUGUAUGAGAAUCAUCGCAGCAACACCUUUGUUUUCUUUGACAGGUCGCCCAAUGACGACAGCACCUACGGAAGCAUACAAGGCAGAAGCAACCGGGCUCGGGCUCGCCAGGAGACAAUCGACCAAGGGAUCAAUUGCGACUGGAGGGUAAGUAUAGCUCUGGCAAAAUUCAGUGCUCAACUUGCUACUCACAUUGGGCGGACGCGGAGGGAGCCGGUGACUGAGGCGGAACUCUAUGUCAUUAGCAACAAAGAUGUCAGGGCAUUGCGGGAUCUGGAUCUCUGGCUUGAGAGCGUCGAUACUCUCGAGGUGCUCCCUAAUUUUCCUGACGAGAAGCCGCCAUACAGCCUCCCUACUCUUAUUGACAUCGACUGGAAUCUCUACAGUGACUUUGUGGUCCAGGUGGUGCGGCACAAGAACUACACCCUCAUUUUGGAAGCAACGGAUCCUCAACUCGUAGACCUGCUCAAGCUGGGCUGGAAGAAUGACCUUGUUGACCUCGUGUCAGAGAUUUAUGGCCGAAUGCUGAUGAACCCUGAAACAACGGUCCGAGCAACCACACUGCGGUGCGCCCCUGAGGCCAUUCGACGCCUCGUCGAAUUUCUCUACUUCAAGCCUGCGAUGGCAAUACACUUCGCACGCCUGUGUCCAUGGUCUUCGCUGCCGGCUCCCUAUUCGAAUGCACUCCGGCAGGAGGGAUUGGCUAUUCUGCGUGCUCUUGUACUUUGCGCAAACAGGGUGGGAGAGCUGGUGGUGGGGCACAUGUGCGCCAUUCUUAAAGAAGACAUCUCUCUGACUCUAUCUGCGGUUCGCGAACUAUUAGAACUUGCCUCUAUAGCAAUUGCAAGUCCGGAUUUACUACUGACGGUCCUGAUGGAAUGCAGAGACGCAUUUGCCAAUGCUAUUCCAGACCUUGAUCAGCAUGUUGUUGCAUAUUUCUUGCGGAAUAUGUUCGGGGCGGUGGUCGAUCAUUGCGCUGAGGCUAGUGACAAUGAUGAAGCUACACCCGGGUCAUGGACGUUGAAGCCAGGGGCAGCAAGCGGCGAAAGAGUCUCAUUUGUGACUAGCCAGCGGCGCAUUGAUGCUCCCAGGCUGGCCAGGCUCGCAGUCGGCGACCACGUGCGAUUCGUUGCAAGGACCGCAGCGACAAAUUCUUCUGCUGCCCGACCUACAACCUUCGACGUCUUGGUGGAAACAGCAAAUGACAACGGGGUCAAAUUUCGAUGCCUCUCACAGCCUCCCACAUUCCUCGAGAAGACUACUUGGACAAUGAGACACUGUGGUCCAAUCGUGAACACUCAGUCAGCAGGGGAGGCAUUAGUGCGUCUUCUUGUCGAGAAAGAUCAAUCCUGCAGCUUCUAUCAUACUCUCCUGAGCACCAAAAAUGCAGCCACGGGAGGCAGCAGAGCAGGUGAGACUGCCUCGAAGCAGAGUCUCGAUCUAAUCGAGGGACUGAAUGAAAGUCAGAGUCGAGCUGUCGGUGUGUCUAUUGAUUCUCCGUUAACUUGUCUCUGGGGACCACCUGGUACCGGGAAGACCUCGACUAUAAUUGGAUUGUUGCAAAAGUUGCUGAAGGAAGAAAAGGCCGGGAGGAUAUUGGUCGCAGCUCCGACGCACAAUGCUGUGGACAAUGUUUUGCGGCAGUACAUGAGGAAAGCGCUGGACAUUGACCCCAGUCUGCCACAGCCGAUCCGGGUCUCUACCGAGAUGACGAAGGUUUCUGAAGAUUUGAAAACUUACACCAUUGAUGCGAUGUUGGGAAAAGAUUUGAACCAGUAUCCAGCUGCAAGACGCAAGGCCAUCGAGCGGGUUUCCAAGGCUAGGUUGGUGUUUACAACUUGUGUUGGUGCAGCGUUGGGACUGCUUCGGAAACAAAGCUUCGACACAGUCGUCAUUGAUGAAGCCUCUCAACAAACGGAGUCGGCAUCUCUUGUACCUUUAGUCAAAGGUUGUCAGCGAGGCAUACUCGUAGGAGACCAUGUUCAACUUCGGGCAACCAUCAGUCCCCAUGCGUGCACAUUGGACUUUGAUGUGUCGCUCAUGGAACGCCUCUGGGUUGAAGCAUCGGACAACGACAUAGGAAGAGUCAUGCUGGAUACUCAAUAUCGCAUGCAUCCGAGCCUGUGUACCUUUCCGAGUCACGAAUUCUAUGGGAGCCGCUUGCUGUCAGCCGACAUUUGCCACACGAUAAAUAUCCCUGUCUCCAGUUUUCCGUGGCCGAAACGAGCAGUUAACGCCCAAAACUCAGCGAGCGCUUCCGAUAGAGCGGUGUUUGUUCAGUGCAGCGAUGCAGAGGACCUCGGCAGGAAAUCCAAGGUCAAUCAAAUCCAGGCUAAGAUCUGCAAAGAGAUACUGAGGCUGCUGACGACGGCGCCGGAAAGCGAUCAAAAAUGUGCAGGCAUGGGAUCUAGCUCGCCACCACCCUCUAUAGCAAUCUUGACGCCAUACGCGCGCCAGGCAGAACUGCUCAGACAGUAUUGUGGGGGACACGCCGUCUCGAGCAUUGACGGAUUCCAAGGCCAGGAAGCGGAUGUUAUCAUCUUCAUUACCGUGCGAUGCAACUUACAAGGGGAGAUAGGGUUUCUGAAAGAUAUGCGGAGGCUGAACGUUGCGCUGACUAGAGCCAAAGCCGGGCUGAUCAUUGUGGGAGAUCGGUCGACGUUGACCAGGAAGAAGGGGCAGGAGGAGGCAUGUCGAGUAUGGGAUCGCCUUAUUGAGACGUGUUCGAGGGUGCAGCUUCCUGGUGGAGGAGGGAGAGGCGUAGCAACCUAA